GGAGCGACCUCCGCAGCCCCGGCCCGAUCCGGUUCGGUCCGGUCUGGUCCGGUUCGGUCCGGUCCGCGAUGGCCGCGGCGAUCCUGAGGCUGAGCCCGUCGGCGCGGGGCGUCGCCUCGGCCGGAGCCCGCAGAGCGGUGGGAAUACACACGAGUGCGCAGCGCCAGAAGCUAUACACCUUUUGGGAUUAUAUCCUCGGAGAAAGGACCACCAAGAGGUUGACAGAGAAGAGCAAAGUCAUUACCGUGGACGGCAAUUUAUGCUCUGGGAAAAGCAAGCUUGCCAAAGGACUGGCAGAGAAGUUAGGUCUGAGGUACUUUCCGGAAGCAGACAUCUAUUACUUAGACAAAAGUUUAGGAGACGGAACGAUAAGAAAUCUAGAUUACGGUGCCAGCAGCAGUUUGGAGGUGUUUUACGAUGAUCCCAGAAGUGCUGAUGGAAACUCGUACCGCCUGCAGUCCUGGCUGUACACCAGUCGCCUCUUGCAGUACGCCGACGCGCUCGAACACCUGCUGAGCACAGGACAAGGUGUUGUCUUGGAACGGUCCAUCUUCAGUGACUUUGUGUUCUUGGAAGCGAUGUUCAAUCAAGGAUACAUCCGAAAACAGUGUGUGGAACAUUACAACGAAGUCAAGCGCAUCACCAUCUGUGAAUAUUUGCCUCCCCAUGUGGCCAUUUAUAUUGACAUACCUGUUCCAGAAGUACUGAAAAGGAUUCAAGAAAAGGGAAAUCCACAUGAAAUGAAGGUGUCUCCUGCAUAUCUCCAGGACAUUGAAAAUGCCUAUAAGAAAACUUUCCUCCCAGAGAUGAGUGAGAAAUGUGAGGUUUUGCAGUACACUCCAAAAGAAGCACAAAACGUGGAAAAGGUGUUGGAGGAUUACUUGUACCUGAAGUUUGAUAAGGGACCUUGGCUGGAGCAGGAUAAUGUUUCUUUCCAUCAUUUAAGGCUGCUGGUGCAGAAUAAAUAUGACGUCGUCAAUUAUGCAACUAUUCCUGAAUUCCUCCCAGAACUAACAAUCGGAGCGCAUAAGGCUUAUCGACUCUAUCAUGAAUUCAGAAAUCUGAAAGGUCGGAAGUAUGCAAAAGGCUACGACGAGGAAAUGGGUGACAAGUGGAUCUGGUUGAAAUAAAACCGGCCUCCCCGCCAGCCCCGAAGAUCUGAUUUGGAACAACCUGAAUGUUAAAGAAGCUUUGGGCCCUCUACCUUAUCUAGAAUCUUUCUAGGUUAGCAAAUAUCAUCAAGAAAAUACACAUAAAAUGGGAAACGGAAGAUAGGAAUCACCCACCAAAAAUAAGCUACUCAAUAGCGUACUUAAUGGAGUGGAAAGAAAUAAAGUUUUCUCCUAAAAGGCCUUUUGCUUUAUUUUAGAACAAUCCAGAGUGAUUAUCGCUGAGAAAUUCCCAGUCAGCCCUGACUGUAGUAAAAUGUCACCGGAAAAAUCUUCACUUCACCUGCGGUUCUGGGUAAUGCAGAUUUUGUCAUUUAGUUCUGCAGAUUUGAAAUAAACCAGUUGUGGCGGAGCUUGUUCGUAUGUUUAUAAUCGUAAGACUACAGUGUAACAUUUUGAGAAAAUUCCAGCUACUUUAAAGGAAAGUUAUCAGUAAAAGAGGAGAAAAAUAAUCCGGGUCAUAUUUUCAACAACAGUGUAUUUCUUUAAGGCUUUCACGGUAGUUGUCAUCAGCUGUUCUCGUAACAGUAAGUUCCAAUGGGAAAUUUCAGCUUCAGAUGUGGAUGGGGUAAAAUGCAAAGGGGAAGUAAUAAUUGUUGUCUUUCUGUCCUGGAAAAUCAGGUAGUUUUUCAAAAAUGAGGUAGAGAGAAAGGAAUUCAUGUUUGCUUAUUCACUUGGCUCAGCCUUUGCUUUCUGUUCAGUAAUAGAAGUUUAGCCUUGGAGAGAGCAUGUAUUGCUUGCCAAUUGCAGAGUUCAGGGUUACGUCUCCAAAGCAAAUUUUAGGACGCUUAUAAAAAGAAAUUCCAAUUUCUCUUAAGUAAUCUUGUUUUGGUUAUUAAACAUAAAAAUAAAAGAUUCCUGGCAGUUUUUUGUACUUGAGAAUCCAGAUGUAAAUGGCUGUAAUUUUGCAUUUCGAAAAGGAGCGGAGAGGUUUAAUCAAUAAAUAAAAGUGUUGCUAGGCGUGGAGCCAAUCGUGCCCAACACUAACAGUCUAAGUCCCUCAGUUUGGCCCUUGGCUUCCACCACACGUGCUCGUUAAAAGGGGGGAAAAACAAAAAGGGAAAUCUGUAAUUUUUUUGGAGGGGUGUUUCUGAUGGAUUCUGUGGCCUUCUAGGUCAUAAACUGGCUGUUUCCAUAAACCUUGACAACUCCACCGAAAUAGUCACCAAUAGAGUGGUAGGGAAAAUGAUCUACUAUGUAGUCAAGACUGCUUUUGUGAGAUCUAAGCCUCUUUUCAAACCAAGUGCCAAUUUCGAACAUUUUCCUGGGCUACUGGGCAUCGGUAAGUCACAAGGAUUUGUUUAAGCCUGUGUGGCAUGAACUCCCCUGAUGGAACGCGAAGUUUGUUAUUUGUAGUCCUGGGAAAGUUGAUCUGUUUUAUUUUCUGAUGUUUUCUAAGGGUGUUGAGUAGAGAAUCACAAAUGAGUUUUCAGCCCUCCGUCCCAAUUUAAGCAGCUGCUGAGUGUAUUGACUGUUCCUAAACUCUGUUUUGCAUGAUAGGAACGUGUUUUAACCCCGCAAAAAUGCUCGCAGGCAUUUUAAGGCAAGAAAUAAACACAAAAUUCACCUAA